UGAGGUCUGGAAUUGUUGUUCGGUUGUGCACCUAUCACCAUAGUUGACACUCGCAGUGGGAAGAGCACCAUGCCCUAUAGCAAGGCUCAAGAGGAGCAAGUCGCCACCAUCCUAAGAGAGAGAAAGGAGAAGCAGGAGCUCCUUACACAGGCGAAGGUGAAGAUGAUAGCCGAAGAGCAGGCGGCGAAGAAGAAGAAGCUAGAGGAGGAGAUGAAGAGAUUACAGCAAGAGGAGGAAGAGAGAAUGAGAGCUGCAGAAGAGGAAGAGAUUGAAGAGGAGCAACAGCCAGAAGAAGAGCCCCUCAUAAGGAGGAGCAUGGGGGAAAGAGGGCAGAGAGAGAAGCCGGGAGUGCGGAGCGGGGCGUACACCUCUGGCGGGGAGGCUUUGCCUAUGCGCGCAGGCCAGAGACGUCAGGACUCGUUGAUGGAGAUAGAGGCUCGUAUAGCAGCCCACCAGGCGGAGAUUGCAGCGUUGGAGGCUUCAGCAUUGGCGAGGGUUUAUGAGGCUGCACGAGACGUCGAUGCAGACACGGAGGAGAAGCCUAUUGACGUGGUCUUGGCCUAUAAAAUCUUCUCCAUGAUUCCGUCCUUCUGCGAAGAACACACCUGUGUGUCCGACGAUGUGCAUUUGGCUGCUAAUGGUGAGAGAGGACAAGAUUGUGCAGCUAUGAAGGAUAAGAACUUAGCCUUAACGAGCUUAAGAUCAAUAUCUUCCUAUUUGAGUGGAAGUGAUGAUUGUUCCAGAAUGAGGAGCUCUGUAGACAAGUACCUGGAGCCGUUUGACACCCAAAUUCUCUCAACACCUCGUGGUAUCUUUUGCCGCAGCUCUGAUGGGAUGGUGGAUCCAGCCAAGACGGUUGACGACAUCCCCUUCGAAUGUGCGCCAGUUGCACUCUAUGACAGAGUUUGCCACUUCCUAAAGGACGAAAGAGACAAUCUACGCACAACGAUGGCAGCAUCAAUGGCAUCCCUGGCAGCUGAUGACUUAACUGCCGGCGAUGAGGAAGAGCCUGAGGGGAAGUCCAAGCAGAAGAAGAAGACGGGACCAUCGAUGACUUCCAAGGCAACCAAGAAACUAGGGCCUACUGAUAACCCAGAAGAAGAUAUUGCAGCAGAAUGUGAAAGUGAUGAAGAGGGUGGGGUUGGAGUAGCCGCAAACUGGGAUUUUCAGAAGAAGAUAAAGGCAUAUGGACACAAUCCUGAGGGAGGGGGAGGGAGGAGGACAACACCAUGGCAACAUGGCAUCAACUUCAAACCAGAUUCAGAAAGCCCCUCAGAAGACCAUGUGCCGGGGAGCAGAAGUUUCGCAGGGAGCGCUGCUUUGCCUCCAGAGACGGAUGAAGAUGACGAGCUGUUGCUGAAUACUGCAAGAAUACAAAGCCGCCAACUUGCUAGCCUGCGCGGCAACAGACAAGAUCUCAUUGUGGUUGCAUCUCUGAUCGGGCGCAUUCCAAAUCUCGCGGGCCUUGCACGAACUUGUGAGGUAUUCAAGGCAUCUAGCCUUGUUGUUUCUGAUGGCCGAGUUGUGGCAGACAAGCAGUUCCAACUGAUAAGUGUGACCGCAGAGAGGUGGAUACCAAUUGUGGAGGUCCCUGAGUCCUCUCUGAAUAUUUAUCUGGACAAGAAGGCAAGAGAGGGCUACACGUUGAUCGGCUUAGAGCAGACAGCAAACAGCAUCGCCAUACAUGAAUACGACUUCCCAAAGAAAACGGUUUUGGUGCUGGGAAGAGAGAAGGAGGGUGUCCCGGUCGAGAUCAUCCAGCGGCUCCAUGGAUGUGUUCAGAUUCCACAGAUGGGCGUCAUCCGAUCGCUGAACGUUCACGUGAGUGGAGCGAUUGCAACCUGGGAGUACACACGUCAACAGCUCACUAAGAAGACAGAAGCCACUGGUCAUGAUUGCUGAAACAUGUACGUGAUAUUUUACUCGCAAAAGUUCUGUUUGUUUCUUACCUUCGUGUGCUAUAGAGAUUAAGGCGGCUCGUAAAGGCCAAAAACAAUCUCUGGGGAAACAGGAGGAAAGCUAUCAGGGGCAAGUUCUUCAACUGAGCCUAGCUCAAAUGAGGGAACACGGAGUUGAGUCAGUUGAGCGGCAGUUUAAGCGUAUGUACUUCAUGGAGUGUGGGUGGCCCAUUUUAUUUGAGUCUAGCUCAAAUAAGGGAACACAGAGUUGAGUCAGUUGAACAGCAGUUUAAGCGUAAGUACUUCAUAGAGUGAGGGUGAAAAAACAGUUGCCCCUUCUAUUCUGGGCCCCAGCAGUCCGGUUACCUUAGAGU